AUGCAAGCAUCACUCUCAACAAACUCUUCUCAAUCGAGCUUUCAGACAUUCACCACACUAGAUCUCCGAAAUGAUCAAACUGUUUGUAUUGGAGCAGAACAUUUGGCUGCUGUAUUACGCUACAAUACGACACUCACCACGCUGUAUCUCGAAGCUGAUGAAAUCAGAGAUAUUACAGCAGGGCUAUUAGAUUAUUCAGUAUCACAGCGAGGUUUCCAUCGUAAUCGAAUCGAAGAUGUUCGAGCACAACAUCUGGUUGAUGCAUUACGACACAAUACACCAGUCAUCACGCUGUUUCUCAAAGCUAAUAAAAUCGAAGGUGUAAUAGCACAAAAGUGGGGUCAUGCAUUAGGACGCAAUACGACACUCACUGAACUAUAUCUCCAACGUAAUCAAAUUGGAAAUGUUGGAGCACAGCGUUUGGGUAAUGCAUUAGGACUCAAUACGAAACUCACUACACUGCAUCUGGCAGAUAAUGAGAUCGGAGAUGUUGGAGCAAAGAGUUUGGGUGAUGCAUUACAACACAAUACGACACUCACUGAGCUAUAUCUUCAAAUUAAUAAAAUUGGAAAUGUUGGAGCACAACAUUUGGGUGGUGCACUACAGCACAAUACAAAACUUACAACACUACAUCUGGCAGAUAAUGAAAUCGGAGAUGAUGGAGCACAACAUUUGAGUAAUGCAUUAGGACACAAUACGACAAUCACCACGCUGAGUAUAGGUGGAAAUAGAAUAAGUUACGAUCGUCUACGUGGAAUUAAUGAAUUUGUUGAACGCAAUCGACGAUAA